AUGACCUUCUUUCAUUAUUUGAUAAACCGACAAGGCGGUACUGCUCCUGAACAAGGGGUAAAUCCCUCAGAGCUCUCAUCAGAGCUCACAAACACGAUUUCGACCACCAGUGACGUCUUGGGGCCUUCCCCAGUAGUCACCAGCACAACGGGCUCAGAAACGUUGACCAGCACAACUUUGGCGGCUGGCAAUGAUCCCGCGGCUCCCCCAACUGCCGUGACAGCUACGACUGACACUGCCUCUCCGGUCGCUACGAAUGAUUCUAACAAACAAACCGACGGACUUGGGGCCGGCGUGGUUGCCGGAGUAGCCAUUGGCUGCUUGGCCGGCGGGUUGCUUAUCGGGAUCACCCUUGGAUGGUUCCUUCGCCGCGCUAUGCGCCGUUCGAAGCAUCGCAAAAGAGGCCAUGGGGGCGAAGAGAGAGCCAAGAUUCUGAGCCAACCAAAAGAUGACGUCCCGGUAGCCUUGGAGCCCUUGGGCAAGAAGAUGAAGCUGGAGAAUGUUAUCCUACAGCCGGCGCCUGACCAAACCAUUCUUUCCGACUUGGGGCGUCUGGAAGACAUCAUCAGGCAGCACGUCGAGGCUGUGUAUCACUCUGGUCCGGUGGAUGUCAAGGUGGUGAAAUUGGCUCACGCCCUCACCGCUUUGGGUAUCAGCAAUUCCUCUUCGGGUUUCGAUGCUGAGACUGUGGCUGGCUGGUGCCUCCAGCCCGGCACCCGCCGCGGGGCUCUCCAGCAUGUCAUCUCAUAUGUCCUGUUCAGAAGCAUCGACUGGAACUCUCCGGGACCCCUCACAUUGCUUCCGAAACCGGCAGUUGGCUUUCUCAAUUCCAUUCGCCCAGUCGGAGAGUACCGAGAUAACUUUGACGUCAUGUCGUUUGCCUGGACUCGAUGGCGCACCCUGUCAGCAUUGUUCCUACAUCCCGACCCCCACGAAAGGACACCGCUCGAGCUGUCAGAGCCUGAUGUUCAAGACCAGGCUGAAGCCGUGGCGAAAGCCUUGGAUUCCGUCCUCCACUUUUUCGUGGCGCCUGAUCAAGAGAGCCGGCGCAAACAGCUCGACCACCUUCAUGUGAUGAUUAUUGACGCAGCCAAGCUCGGUUAUGUCUUGUUUUCACACACUAGUGACUGGAGGUUUAUUUACAAGGAUGAGUCUGGAAAGGGAGGCGCUGUUGUGUGCGUUGGUUUGGAGAAGCUGAGUGGUCGGGAUGGACGUCGGCUCGGCUCACCGCAGAGAAUUGCCGAGCCUCGUCUGCUUUCUUGA